GUCUUGAUAAACACUAUAUUCUUAACUUUUUGCUGUUUUUCGGGACUGACCAAUCUUAGCUGAUUAAUAUACUUUGGUACCGAUGUAUUCUCCAUGAUGGAUAUCUACUUGGUGAUUGUUGGUUUCAUCCUUCAUCUCAUCCUGUUUGCCUCCAUCUUUGACAUCUACUUCACGUCUCCCCUUGUCCAUGGUAUGACCCCUCACUCCACGCCAGAUGAACCUCCAGCCAAGCGUUUGGUUCUCUUCGUAGGUGAUGGGCUCAGGGCUGAUAAGCUCUAUGAGCUCAAGGAGGAUGGGACUAGCAGAGCUCCGUAUCUCAGGAGCAUCUUAAAGAAUCAAGGUACAUGGGGUGUCUCUCACACACGUGUCCCAACUGAGUCUCGACCUGGUCACGUUGCUAUCAUAGCAGGCUUCUAUGAAGAUGUCAGUGCAGUAACUAAAGGUUGGCAAGAGAAUCCAGUUGAGUUUGAUUCUGUCUUCAACCAAAGUAGAUUCACCUGGUCAUGGGGAAGUCCAGAUAUACUACCGAUGUUUGCUAAAGGAGCAUCUGGAGACCAUGUAUUCAUCCAUACCUAUCCUCCUGAGAGUGAAGAUUUUGCUGACUCUGAUGCUUCCAAGUUAGAUACAUGGGUCUUUGAUAAAGUUAAGGAAUUCCUCUCAGAAUCCAAAGAAGAUCCUUCACUGAGGUCCAAGCUGAACUCCAAUCGUGUUAUCCUCUUCCUCCACCUGCUUGGUAUUGAUACCAAUGGCCACGCCCACAAACCAUACUCUAAGGAAUACCUGGAGAACAUCGCUUUGGUGGAUGCUGGGAUCAAAGAGAUCGUAGGUGUGCUAGAGGAUGCCUUUGCUCAUGAUGGGAAGACUGCGUAUGUCUUGACUUCAGAUCAUGGCAUGACUGACUGGGGAUCUCAUGGAGCUAGUCACCCAGAUGAGACACUGACACCUCUUCUUGCUUGGGGUGCUGGUGUCAGAGAGGCAAGACACACUACAAAUCAGCAAUUCCAGGACAAUUUCUUACAAGACUGGCAUCUUGAAGACAUAGAACGCCAUGAUGUAAACCAAGCAGACAUAGCCCCCUUGAUGUCAUCCCUGAUAGGUGUACCCUUCCCUCUCAACUCAGUCGGUGUCCUACCCGUAGACUACCUCAAUGGUACAGAGGAAUACAAGGCCAGGUCACUGCUCACUAACGCUAAACAGAUCAUAGCACAGUAUGAGGUAAAGGAGAAUCAGAAGUUUGCUACCACCUUCAGAGCUCUCUUCAGACCCUUCAAGCCUCUCAGCUCAGGUCAAAAAGAGCUUCUACUCAAGCAUAUUCAUAUUCACAUGGCGAGGAAUCGCUUCAAACAAGUAAUAGCUGAGACUGAGAAGCUGAUAUCGUUGGGUCUAGAUGGCUUAGGGUACUACCAGACCUAUGAUCGAUUCUUCUUAGGGUCUAGUGUGACUCUGAGCUACCUUGGGUGGAUGGCAUACAUUCUUCACAUUCUUCUGAAAUACCACACCAGCCUAGCCACACCCCCCAAGCCUCGUAACCAUGGUAACACACAUCCUGGUCUCUUGCCUGCUUUCUGUAUGAUAGCUGCUCUGAUCGCCAUCCUGCUCGCGUUACAAACAUCUCCUAUUAAUUACUACAUCUGUGCUCUGACACCAGUCCCUCUCUGGUAUGCAGUCGUCAAAAGGUGGGAAGUGUUCCAUCAGUCGCUCGUCAACAUCACCACCAGGCAUUCCUUGCAGGAGAUAGCAGGAUACAGCGUACUGGGUGUGGUCGCCAUAGAGACACUGGUGUUGAGUCUCUUCUACCGGGAGGUGAUCUCUGUGGGGCUGGUGGGCGUGGCUCUCUGGCCCCUAUGCAGUGGAGUUAAACACAGGAAUAAGAUGUACAGUGUUGGAUGGUUGAUAUCGUGCCUUGUUCUAGCCGUCUUUCCAAUGUUACCUGUCGUUGGCAGAGACCCAAACAUUACUCUUGUGGUGCUAGCCGGAGUACUCUUAGCAGUGAGUGCCUAUAUCUUAUUCAGACAUCUCUUAAAGCUGCAGUCAUCCUCGUCCAUCAACCCUCUCUUAACAUGGCUACAGAUUGCCUUACUCCUCAUAUCAGUCAUGGUGGUCUACAUUACCUGGAUACACAUCACCAACAAAGAGGGAGUCCCCCUACCAAACAAGAUAUUUAGUUGGACGAUGCUGCUAGCUGCGUUUGUCCUGCCUUCAUUUAGCAGUGUGGUGAUUGGUCAUCGUUUAUUGGGUGUGGCACUCUCCUUGUCAACGGUUUACAUGCUGCUCAGUACCUCACACGAAGGUUUAUUCUGUUUAUGCCUGUGUUAUGUCAUGUUCUUCUGGAUCCUAUGUGAGUCUAACCUCAACCAACAACAGACUGAUAAGAUCCACCAAGUGUCUUUCAAUGAAGAAGCAAACCUUGAGAAAGCUCCACCCAGGAACCUAGCUCUGACGGAUCUACGAUGCGCCUGGAUCUUUGUCUUCUUUAUACUUGCUGCUUUCUUUGGAACAGGCAAUAUUGCCAGUAUUAACAGCUUUGAUCCAUCAGCAGUCUAUUGUUUCCUGACAGUCUUCAAUCCAUUCAUCAUGGGCUCAUUACUUCUAAUGAAGAAUGUGAUCCUGUUUCUACUGGUAGCGUGUGCCUUCCAAGCCAUACACAUCCUACUCAGGCUUCCUACCUCCUCACUGUACCUCGUAGUUCUACUGCUCUCUGAUGCGAUGGCGUUACAUUUCUUCUUCUUGGUGAGGGACUCGGGCAGCUGGUUAGAGAUAGGGACAAGUAUCAGUCACUAUGUGAUAGUGAUGUCUAUGAUCCUCUUCAUCAUGCUACUCCUCCUCCUAGCCAGACUCAUCACUACAUUGUCAUGGAAACGAUCAUUCAAGAAACAUCAUGCCAGGUGAAUUCAACACACACCCAAUAUCUUGGAGGGAUAUCCUCAAUAAGAUGUUUCUAUGAUGCUACAACAUUAAAAAGAAUGGAUGGUUCAAGGUCACCUUGUAAAACAGUUUUCUAUGUGGAUAUCCAGACAUAUUAUGUGGUGACAAUUGCUCAGGGCUUCGUUUGUGUUACCGAUAACAUCAGAGCUGUAGUUAGUAUAGUGUUUAAGAAUAAGGUUAGGGUUAAAAAUGUAGAUAGUGUGUCGGGUUCGGGCUGAAGUUCAGAAUGUUGUUAAUGUCACAAACUGGCUGUGGAGCAACUACUUCAGCCUUUUGUUGCUGUUUGACAUCUCAGUAUUUAAGGAUCCAGACAUGAUAAUCUUGUUACUUUUUGUAUUAUAAUUCAGCCUUUUGUUGCUGUUUGACAUCUCAGUAUUUAAGGAUGUUCUAGUGUGUAUGCUCAUUCACAAAGUACAUUAUUUCAUUAAAGUUUUAAAUUCUAAUUAAGAAUCAUAUUGUAGUGAUUUAAUGAUCUAACAUACAAGUCCAUUUGUGUCAUCUAAUGUUACCAGUGUAUGCUGCUGCAAGUAAGUGAUAGACUGGAAAGAAAAUGCAAUCAGCUGUAUUAGAAUAACUGAGCCCUGAACUAGUAAAAGUAGUGAAAGUAGUAGUAGUAGUGAGGCUGUAGAGACACAUCAUUGUUUGGACCUGGCACUCAGGUCAAGUUCACAUGAUGUAUCUAUCAGGAAAACAUCUAUCUUAGGAAACUAUCAAAUAGUAGUUAUAACCUCUCCUGUUAGACUGGAAAAAAAAGAAUAUCAUCUAAGUUAUCGUCACGUCUGUUUGUCAUUAGUUGUUGAUAUGGUGGGUCAGUAUAUAUUUUUGUUAUGUCUGCAAACAACAUUCAGUGAGCUACUUGCCAUUUGAUUUUAACUUACACUAGCAGUCAUUUGUUUUCUUUAUCAUGAAUACUACCAUCUCUGAAAUGAAUGUGCGGGUGAUUGCAAUACCUUGAGAGACAGAAAGCAUGCUGAAACUGCAAACUUGUAUGAAUGUUAUCAGGAGAAUACUUGUGUAUUUCAUGUGGCUGUCUGAUGAUUAUUUAAUAAAGUGUAUUUAUUUAUUUAUUUACCUUAAUUUUGUCAGGAAUUUGAAUUCAUACCAAAGGAAUUUUGUGGACUGAUGAUGCUAAGCUGUAGAUGGCUUCAAAUGAUUCCAGAGAGCUCAAAAGAAAUUUAAUGUUACAAAUAAUUCCACUGAAAUAAGUCUUUCAUCUUUUGUGUAGUAGAUACACUGUGGUAUGUCUUAUAAAAGACUAAAUGUGUCUUUUUUGUUGUUGUUGUAUUUACAACCACCCACCUGUAAAAUCGUAUUUGCUAUGAACUUGAUGCAUGUGGCCUUACUUUUUUGUUUACUUUUCUGUCUUCUUGUACUUUUUUAAAAACAAUCUUAAAGAUUGACAUUGUUUUGUAAUUAAGAUUAAAAUGCAAUAAGUUAAGCUGAUAUGGAGCUAAUGUUAUAUUUUAUAUCAUAUUUUGAAUAUUUUUUGUAUACAUAAGUUGGCGACGAAAUAUGAAUGCCAUGUAUGUUUGCACGAAUUGUAAAGAAUAUAAUAGGCCUCCCAGUAGUGGACUAAAUUAAGCAGGUUUUAACUUCAGUCUGCCUUCAAGAAUAUGGACCUAUGAGAUUAAGACUUAUGAGAAUAAAUGUGGACGGAUGAAUGAAAUAAUUCUUGAUUUAGUUCUUUUAUCUGUCAGUCAAAAUGAUAUAUGUGCCUCUAUAUUAUUGACGUCUCUAAAAGUCGAGGACUUUCAAGGGGCUUCAGUUUCCGUCAAAGAGUUUUUAAAAGCAUUUUUAUAUUAGUAUGGCAUUUACAGGCAAAAUGAACAAGUAAAAAAAAGAACAAUGUUGCCUUUAGACUUUUUACACAGGGAUGGUUAGGAAAAAAUGGAUCCAGAAUGGCUCUGUGUAAUAUUUGACAUGAUAGUCAUUAGUGGAGUGUGUCCUCUUGAAAUGUCAUGUUAAAGUGCUUUUGUUUACAACAAAAUAGGAUAAUAUGCCAUUUUUGUUUAGCACAUAUUAUAUUAUGAUAUAACGUCUCUAUGCGCUUCCAAAGGAUUAUGAUAAUGCUGUUCUUAGAUUUUAUUUCUGAAGAGGUGAAAAAAAAGGAUAUAGUAAUGUGUGAAGGCCUGAUAUUAUGGUUGAUGUCAAAAUAAAUCAUGUCCAAAAGAAGAAAUGUGUGAUUAAAAUCCUUCAAGAUAUCUUUGUAUGAUGAAACAA